AUGAUUUCCAAGUUGGAGGAGCACAAACUGCAACAGGUGGAUGAGCUGAGGAAAAGGACGCAGGACGGAAAGGACAGGAUUCGCGAGGCCCGAAUCGCAUUGGACAAGACUUGGUGGGACCAUCUGGUCGAGUAUGCCCGAGAUGGUAACCUCACAGCAGGGGGAAAUGGCUAUGCACAGGCUCCGUUCUUCAGUGAGGUUCCGGAGCAAGCGUUGCGUGGCAUUCUCCCGUCGGAAGAUGUGGACUCAUUUUGGCGAGCGCUGUCCGAGGCCUUUCCCAACCUCAACAGGAGGAGGAGGAAGGCUCAACCCCAUAACCAUAAAGAGCUCCUAAAGCUGCAGUCGGAUGGAACAGUGGUGGUGGAGUUGGACAUCGCGCGUUCCAGCGUCCACAAUCUGUACUCUGAGCCACUUUGGAGGUUGUUGGUGAAAGCGGCGAGGGAUGGGCGCAUUGCAGCUGUGAUUGGCGGCCCUCCUUGUCGUACCACGUCAGUUCUUCGGCACAAGCCCGGAGGUCCAAGGCCAGCGCGGUCCCCUGCUGAGCCGUAUGGUCUGAGCGAUCUUAGUGCUGCCGAGCGUGAGCUCGUAGACAAUGACACGGGGCUGUUUGCACGGAUGUUGUUCUUGCACGCAGCUGCGACAGCCGGGAGGCGUGUCCAUCGUCAAUCGGCGGAACAAUCGUCGCAGGUGGCAUUCUUGCUUGAGCAGCCUCAGCCAGUUGACCGCUAUCUGCCUCCGGCCUACGCCUCAGAGGCCGGCCUGUUCGAGGUCGACUUUGACUAA